AUGGUAAGCAGAAAUGGCAAGUUUUCUGGCUUCCGAAUCAAUUUUGCAGAUGUCUACCUAAACACUUUGGUCAAAAGUCCGGUUAUCGUACAGGUUGGUGAUAACACUAUCUUGAAAGUAGAGAAAUCAGAUUUGGGCACCUUAGAUUGGAAGCACAAUGGAAACCUAUUGUCUGGUGGCGAACCUCACCUCACCCUUUUGAAUCCCAGAAAAACCGAGUUGGAAAUUUCUGAUGCAGGCCCGGAGCAGGCAGGAGUUUAUGAGGUUUUCCUCAAAGAGGGCGGAUGUGUGAAACGUAAAGAAAUUCGAGUCCAGACAGAAGGGGAACGCUAUAAAGUUUGGUCACACGACGCAAAUGUUGAUGUUUGUGCUGGUCAAAUGCCUAAACUCAGAGUAAAUAUUUCUGGACAUGAAGAUGAUGUCAACAUACGCUGGCGUUACAAAAAGGAAUACGUCAAGAACGGAGGGCAUUAUGGUAUAGGAUAUGGAGGAAUAUAUCUUGUUGUAUACGACGCCUUGCCUGUUCAUUCAGGAUGGUACUAUGCAACUGUUUAUCGAAAGAAUGAUGGUCGUAAACUUGGCGCAACACAGUUCCUUUUGACAGUGCGAGAAGUCCACUUAAAACGUCUUGUCCCGGAUACCGUAAGGAUAAUGCGUACAACUUCAACCAUCUUGAAAGUUGAGAAAUCACAGUUGGGCUUUUUAUCAUGGACGCAUAAUGGAAAGGAUGUGUACGGCAAGGAACCUGGUUUAAAUUUUUUAAAUCCAAGUAAAACCCAACUACAAAUUUCUAAUGCCCGAGCGGAGCAUGGGGGUAAAUACGAGGUUACACUCAGAGAAGGCGAAUGCAAGUUGCAGAAAGAAAUUAAUGUGGAUAUAAUAGGAAACUUUAAACUUUCAUCGUUGAGUUCUGUUGACGACGUCUGUGUUGGUGGAAACGCUUCUUUCAAGAUCGAUUUAACCGGCGAUUUAUAUAACCUUAGAUACUACUGGGGACAACAACACUCAUACUUGCCGAAAAAUGAACAUUUUGAGGAGAAGGCGGAUGGGAAAAUUCUGAAUAUAAUCAACGCUUUAGCUAUACAUGCUGGAGUAUAUACUUUUUAUGUUAAAACUAAAGAGUGGUAUAUGGUUCAGUCCAUUUCGUUUGAGUUGAAAGUUCGUGAUCUCUACCUAAACACUUUGGUCAAAAGUCCGGUUAUCGUACAGUUUGGUGAUAACACUAUCUUGAAAGUAGAGAAAUCAGAUUUGGGCACCUUAGAUUGGAAGCACAAUGGAAACCUAUUGUCUGGUGGCGAACCUCACCUCACCCUUUUGACUCCCAGAAAAACCGAGUUGGAAAUUUCUAAUGCAGGCCCGGAGCAGGCAGGAGUUUAUGAGGUUUUCCUCAAAGAGGGCGGAUGUGUGAAACGUAAAGAAAUUCGAGUCCAGACAGGGGAAAUCAAAAUUUGGUCGAUGAACUCUCAUUUAGACAUCUGUGUUGGUGAAAAAGCUUCCUUUGCAGUAGAAGUUAACAGCAAUUUUCAUGGCUAUGAUUUCCACGUUAUUUGGAGUCAUAACAUGGUUCCUGAAGUACACGAAAACGAGCAUUUUUCUCUGCGGAUGAAUAAUACGGCGCUGUAUGUCCACAAUGCUUUACCUUCUCACUCUGGAAACUACACCGCCUUUGCAGUUUUAAUGCAGAAUGGGUCACCUGUCGACUCUGUAUACUCCUUUACUUCUGUUGUUUUAAGAGUUAGUGAUGUAUUCCUGAAUACCUCGGUUGAGAGUCCUAUUAAAAUAAAGGCUGAGGAUUCUGCUAUGUUGAAAGUUGAGAAAUCAGACCUGGGCGCCUUAUUUUGGACGCAUGGUGAAGAAUUGGUGAACGAUAAGGACCCUCACUACACCUUUUUAAACGCUGAUAAAACCGAGCUGGAAAUAGUAAAAGCAAGCCCGGAGCAAGCGGGAAUCUACGAAAUUUUACUCAAAGAGGGCAGAUGCGAGAUAAGAAAAAUCAUUGAAGUGCAGCUAUAUGAAGAAGGUUUGUCCCUUGCUGUUUCAGAGGAUUCAGAGGAUUCAGAGUUUUGGGCGAUCACGAACACUUUUCUGGUUUACAUCGAAAUCUUCCUAGGAUUUUUCUCCCGCGAGUGGUACAUUAUACCUGUUGCUGGAGUGGGAUUGGUUCUUUUAAUCUUUGUGUUGGUCAAAAACUUUGGUAGGCUGAGAAAGAAGGAAAAAAGACAUCAGGAAGUUGAAGAAGGACCACCCAGGAAGCAUCUUGUAUUGCAGAAAUCAAUUGACUCAAUUCAAAAUGACCUCAUCUACACAUCCGCUAACCAAGCAUAUCCAUCUUACGCGGACGACUUAUCCAUCAGCAAUACGUACGCGAACAUGAACAGUCGUAUCCCGUCGUCCGCUUUGAGUCCGUACGGGCACGGACCCCAUUACAGUGGUAUUAUACCAGCUCACGAUUCGCUUACCGGGCCAACCGUCCCACCUCCAACCGAAGAAUAUUUAGAGACCGAGACGUCCACCGAAGGGAGCGACUACUAUACUGCCUAUAGUGACCUAUAG